GCUUCUUUCCUCCUCGCCCGGCAGCUUAGAAAAGGAGCGGCCUCGCGACGAACGGGCGCAUUGCCGUUGUAGAACGCGCGCUUGCUACACCGUGGUCGCCGUGAGCUGUUCGUUCUCCAGCACGCUCUCUUUACUUGCUUCUGGCGGAGACGACACACCAACUUCCUGGAUUACUCUCGCGCAUCUCUACACCUCUUCGUCGUGUGUUUUCAACUCGUGUGACAACCACGGCGCAAACCAGCACCAUGCCUGCCGACAGGGCACCGAGCAAGGCCAGCGAACUGCGACGGAGUACCAAGCCCAUCAUGGAGAAACGUCGCAGGGCACGCAUAAACCACAGCCUGACUGAGCUGAAGAAUCUCAUCUUGGAUGCACUUAAGAAAGAUAACGCUCGGCACUCGAAACUGGAAAAGGCAGACAUCCUGGAGAUGACUGUCAAGCACCUCCAGCAGCUGCAGAGGCAGCAGGCUGCACGCUCCAUCGUCUCGGACAAUUCAGUGACCGACAAAUUCCGCGCCGGCUACCGAGAGUGCGCCGCCGAAGUCGGUCGCUACCUGGGACGUCUGGACGGCGUCGACGGCGCCGUCCGUCAGCGAGUCAUGGGUCACUUGGCCUCCAGGGUGUCCGAGCUGUCCACACCUCCACCGAGUCCCGGCAGCGAAGACGGCGGGCACUUCUUCAACGCCUCCGGAAGCGUUCAGCUGCUUCCCACGAGGUUGCCUUCGGGCGAGAUCGCUUUCCUGCUGCCCCAGCCUUCGCAACUCUCAGUGUACGCCCCGGUCUCCCCACCUGCCACUCCAGGUCUGACCACGACUGCAGCCUCCUCCGGCAUCCUCAGCCCGGCCUGCAGCGAACGUUCGGUGUCUUCGUCUGCGUCUCUGUCUUCGCCUCCGAGCCCAGUGUCGCCGUCUUCGUGCUCGUCUUCCUCGACCUUCUCUCACCAUCACCAAAGCUUCGGCGGCGUCUACAUGCCUGCGACGCAAGCCGCCGUCAAAGUCGAAGACGAAGCCGUCUGGAGGCCCUGGUGAAAACGGGGAAACAGACGACGACGCACAACUGUUAAACCGGUGUCGGCAGGGUGCCCAGAUGAUUCCUUUUCUCCCGAUAUACCACCUUGAAGUCAUCCACAGCACCCUACACCGCAACAAAACCAUGAUCUCUACGGACAGUUCCUCUCCCCUACGUGUUUUUUACACACGAAACCCCACGUCGUCAAUGUCCUUCCUCGUUGGAUCCAUCCCAGAAUUCUCCCGCAAGUGCCUUAAAGAACUCUUGACCGUGAGCGUCUGCGAAUACGUCACUGUGUUCAAGUUAUCGCGAGCGUCCCAAGAAGCAUCGCUGCCAGACGCGUUAUUUAAAACCCCACCUGUUAUUGCGAAAGAGAUGGCACGUUAAGGACUGAUAAGGGCGACUUCUCGUUUAUCUUUGUUAAUACUGUACAUAGUUAUAUGGAGUCAGAUUGUUUACUAUUAAGUGCUCUUGUCAAUUCAUCGCAUUCGCAUGCGCGCGCAGCAUGUCUCAUUAUGUGAAACUGCUUUUUCGACGUAGUUUUGUAUUUCGACUGUGAUAUUUCGCUGCGGCAGGUUUGGGGCCGUCGUGCUGAUGUGAUGUGUUCGAUCUGUUAAUUUCUUUUUCUGUUCGUCCAUCGCACGAUCGGUCUUGCACCUUCGCUACAAACCAACCCAUCUUCAACUAUACAUUCGCGGCUUCUCGAAGCUUGCUAAUAUAUAUUUAUUUUCUUUUUCUUGUAAAAUUACGUUUGAAGAGAAAGAUGAGAAAAAAAAGUUAUCCUCGGUCGGUAAUUUGAUGCCGUCGAGGUUAAAUAAAACAAAUGCUGUUUCAAACAUGA